GAGCCGGUGUGCAGCCGGGGUUGUAUAGGCGCGGCUGGAAAUCGCUCCUGAUCAUUAAGCUCAGGGGUAAUUUGAGCAGAGCCGAAUCGAGGCCAACGGUUUCCACAGUUGAUCCAGUCCGACGAUUGGCGAAGGGCUCUGCAAUCGCUCGUCUCAAGUACUCCUCCUGAAGAUACGAUUUCGCGAUUUCUUAUAAAAAUAUUAUCACUGCUCUACAUAUCCCAGUCUGCAGCCACUGAACCCCUGAUGCAAAGGCAUGCGCGUUAUCGACGGAAUCGGAAUUAAUGGAUUGGGGCGCGCAGAUAUUUAUGCGUUACUCGCUAUGCCUGGCAUUAGUGGGUUUUCCACUUGCUGUGCAAGAGGAGACGACGGUAUCAACUGGAUCGUUGAACUGCCCCGUCGAAUGCAUCUGCCUGUCUCCGACCCAGGUGCUUUGCAACACAGGCGGCUUGGUGGAAAUCCCCACCCUACAAUUACCGCCAACGGUCGAGGAUCUUUCUCUUACCAAGAAUGAUUUUCCGGUAAUAAAAAGUGACGCUUUCUCUGGGCUUCGAGGUUUGCGUAAGCUGAGUUUGGACGGAAAUAACAUCUCUUCGAUAAAGCCCUUUGCUUUUCGUGGUCUGAAUAAGAUGCGAGAACUGUCCAUUCAACAUACCCCAUUAGGAUUUAUAGGUCAAUUUUCUUUUGCCGCCCUGCAAAAUGUCACACUUUUAUUUUUAGCUCACAAUAAGAUAAAGUAUAUCGAAGGAUAUUCCUUUGCUGGGACUUCUAAUAUCAAAUUGAUUCUAUUGAGUAAUAAUCCAUUGCAUUCUAUUCAGAGCAAUGCGUUUUCUGGCCUAACUAAUGUCGAUCAUUUAAUUUUUCCAUCUGGUAUACGAGUUAUUGAAUCUGAUGCGUUCAAUGGAUUGCAACACGUUGGUUUACUCAAAUUAACUUUUAUGGAUUUGACCAGUUUGAUGCCUUUCACGUUCAGAGGGCUGAGCUUUGUUCAUGUAAUUAACAUUCAGGAGAGCGAUCUUGGCGUUAUAAGAAAAGAUGCAUUCUCUGGGCUGACUCAUGUAAAUAAUCUCAAUAUUUUGAAAAACAAAAUCGAUGUUAUCGAACAGCUCUAUUUAACAUCUGAUCACGCUAUCAAUGUAUUGAGAUUCCAUGGUAACCAUAUUUUAGAAGCACCUCGAACAGGAGAUACUUUGCUGGACAUUAAUACUAUAAGCGCAAUCGACAAUCACUUUCCAUGCGAUUGCCAGAUACAUGAUAUUCUGGAAAGUGAUUUUGCAACCAAUUCUACCACUGAAUUCCAGAAACACAAUUAUUGCAUUUCCCCAAUUGAGUACAAUGGUAAAUUAAUGAGCUUCGUCGAUUCAGAAAUGAUUGCAAAAUGCCACGACAAAGUAGUUAAAGGUAAUUUAGAUUCUGGGGCCGAAUCUAGAUUAUCAAUAUCGAUACCAUUCCAAAUUACGAUGAUACUAGCAUUUGCUACAUUUUUAUAGAAAGUUACUUUCUAUGCUUCAGCAAUCCGCUUUUCAAGCUAUCGAUAUAAAAGUUCACAUUUUCUAAGAAAAAAAAAAGACUCUAAGUAAAGAAAUAUUCAAAUUUCUUGCAGAUAUGUAUAAGAUAGGAAUUUAUGCAAAGUCCAGAAAGUAAAUGAAAUUAAUUGUGAUAGUAUUGUACCCUUUUAGACAGAGCUGAAUAUCAGUCAAAAUAUUGGCAGUCUGCUUGCCGACUAGCUAUAAAUUUUGGCACUGUCCAUUCCUAAUUAAACUUACUAAAAAUAUAAAAUAAGUUAUCUUACAAAUUUGUAACGAUUAUUUAAGACUGGCGAGAACUUAACUAAAGAUAAGUGUGAGCUUCAAUAAUUGGUAAUAAUUGAAUAUUUUUAAUACCCAUUUUAAUUAAUUCAUAUUUUUCAAAAGCAUUGCAAUCACUCAAGCGGUCGCUUACAAUUGCUACACACAGCGAAAUUCGAGAUAUUUCAAAAAAUGUAGUCAAUCGACCUGCACAAAUUGCGCAUUGCGAUGAUUGAAAUUGUGCCAAAUUGUAAAUAAAUGUUUUCAUCAGAACUUGGUACAAUGACCAGAGUCAUAUCAGGUAGAAACCUUAGUUGCAAGACCAUAAAUUAAAUUUUUUUGUGCUUCUCGAGAAAAUUGUCUGCUUUCAGUCAGAGUAAUCAUUGACAAAUAUGUGUUUAUGUGUACAUUGUUCAUGUAAUUUGGAACAGUUCUGGUUACCUAAAAAUGUACUACGAGUAGUAUAAGAUAAAGUAGUAGCUAUCAUAUUCACUUUUGAUGUAAUAAGUUAUAAGUUUAAGAAAUAAGUCAAUUAAAGUUCAAACUCAUUAUGUACUAAUAAAUUCAAUUUAAUUUCCACUCAGUAAUCGGAAAUUAAUUUAAUAUAGUCAAUACAUGAUGUUCCAGCGUGUCACAGUGUUAUUGCAGUUCAGCUAUUUUAAUGCCAAAAUAUAUGAUACUGCCAUUUGAUCAUUAUUAUUGGUAAUUAUUAUGGUAAAGUAUUGUGGAAACUAAACGAUAUAUUCGAAUGCUCAAUAAGUGUUCUUGACU